AUGACACAGGACAGCAGGGACCAGGAGGAGAGGGAGGCCAAGCACAACCCUCACACAGGACCAGGAGGAGAAGGAGGCCAAGCACAAACCUCACAUAGGACCAGGAGGAGAAGGAGGCCAAGCACAACCCUCACACAGGACCAGGAGGAGAAGGAGGCGAAGCACAAACCUCACGCAGGACCAGGAGGAGAAGGAGGCCAAGCACAAGCCUCACACAGGACCAGGAGGAGAAGGAGGCGAAGCACAAACCUCACGCAGGACCAGGAGGAGAAGGAGGCCAAGCACAAGCCUCACACAGGACCAGGAGGAGAAGGAGGCCAAGCACAAGCCUCACACAGGACCAGGAGGAGAAGGAGGCCAAGCACAACCCGCACACAGGACCAGGAGGAGAAGGAGGCCAAGCACAACCCUCACACAGGACCAGGAGGAGAAGGAGGCCAAGCACAACCCUCACACAGGACCAGGAGGAGAAGGAGGCCAAGCACAAACCUCACACAGGACCAGAAGGAGAAGGAGGCCAAGCACAACCCUCACACAGGACCAGGAGGAGAAGGAGGCCAAGCACAACCCUCACACAGGACCAGGAGGAGAAGGAGGCCAAGCACAACCCUCACACAGGACCAGGAGGAGAAGGAGGCCAAGCACAAACCUCACACAGGACCAGAAGGAGAAGGAGGCCAAGCACAAACCUCACACAGGACCAGAAGGAGAAGGAGGCCAAGCACAACCCUCACACAGGACCAGGAGGAGAAGGAGGCCAAGCACAACCCUCACACAAAUGGGUCCCUCACAGAUGGACCUCAGCUCACAGGGCCUCAGCUCACAGGGCCUCAGCUCACAGGGCCUCAGUUCACAGGGCCUCAGUUCACAGGGCCUCAGUUCACAGGGCCUCAGUUCACAGGGCCUCAGUUCACAGGGCCUCAGUUCACAGGGCCUCAGUUCACAGGACCUCAGUUCACAGGACCUCAGUUCACAGAGCCUCAGUUCACAGGGCCUCAGCUCACAGGACCUCAGCUCACAGGACCUCAGCUCACAGGACCUCAGUUCACAGGACCUCAGCUCACAGGGCCUCAGCUCACAGGGCCUCAGCUCACAGGGCCUCAGCUCACAGGGCCUCAGCUCACAGGACCUCAGCUCACAGGGCCUCAGCUCACAGGACCUCAGUUCACAGGACCUCAGCUCACAGGACCUCAGCUCACAGGGCCUGGCGAAGGCCAGCAGACGUGUGAAGGACUGAGCUGUGCCCAGUUCUAG